UGGUACAGGUUAACCCGAAGCAACACUUCCAUAUCUAAACAUUGAAAUGAAAUUGGUCGUUCCUUCUGUGUAUAGUAUAUAUAAUAUUUUUAUAUUUUUAUAAGAAUUUAGUUUUUCUCAAUGAUAUCAUACAGUGUUUUGUUGACAUAAAAAAUAAACAAGAAAAUAAAGUUUUAUGUGUAAUAUAACUAAAAAAAUCUGGCAUUAUGGCUAUGUUCGAAAUAUUGAGAAAAGACUACAGCGAUUAUUUGCAACAAUGUUACAAGAUAAAUGAUGUGACUACAUUUCAAAGGAAAUGUAUUGAACAGUGUGCUAAUGAUACUGAACGAAAAUUUGCUGUAGAUCAAGCUCUCAGAGAUACAUUACUUCAUAUAUUGAUACAUAAGACAUCUGAAAGUGUUAAACCUCUUGAAUCUUAUAUCACAUUUUGUAUUGAAUUAUGUAGAAAAGAUUUAGCGACUGGUAGUAUGCCAGUCAUGUUACUUGGAGACAUAUUUGAUUCAAUGACAUUGGAUAAAUGUGAAGAGCUCUUCACAUACGUUGAAAAUAAUGUGGUAGUUUGGAAAGAAGAUCUCUUUUUUAGUCUUUGUAAAAAUAAUUUAUUAAGAAUGUGUAAUGAUUUGCUUAGACGCUUGUCUCGUUCUCAGCAAACUGUAUUUUGUGGUAGAAUUCUAUUAUUUCUUGCAAAGUUCUUUCCAUUCUCAGAGAGAUCUGGACUUAACAUUGUUAGUGAAUUUAACUUAGAAAAUCUAACAGAAUUUGGCACUGAAAAAGCAGAAGAUGUUUUGGAACCAAUAAUAAAAGAUGAAGAUAAAACUGAAAAUAAAAUACCCAUAGAUUAUAGUUUGUACAGAAAGUUUUGGGCUUUGCAAGAUUUUUUUAGAAAUCCUAAUCAAUGCUAUAAUAAAAUGCAUUGGAAAGUCUUCUCAGCGCACGCAUCUAAUGUCUUAUCAGCAUUCUCUUCAUUCAAAUUAGAAGAACAACGUAGUUAUCCAACUAUUUGUGUGAAAUUAGAUUCUGCGAUGGAAGAUUCCCAUAAAGAAACUCAUUACUUCGCAAAAUAUCUUACUAAUCAGAAAUUGCUGGAAUUGCAACUUUCUGAUUCUAAUUUUAGAAGAUUCCUACUGUUGCAAUUUUUGAUACUUUUCCAGUAUUUAAAUAGCACUGUUAAAUUUAAGGCCUUCCUUGCCAGUGGCUAUGAGAGAAGCGAGACGCAUGAAUUGAAGCCAGAUCAAGUGGAAUGGGUUAAAGCAACAACGGAACAAGUUUAUACCUUGUUAACAGAGACACCACCUGAUGGUCCAUAUUUUACAGAAACUGUAAAAAAUAUUCUUAAAAGAGAAGAGCACUGGAAUUCGUGGAAAAAUGAGGGUUGUCCACCUUUUAAAAGGCCUGCAACUGAAAUCACUACAGAAACUGAUGACGAUGUAAAAAAAAUUAAAAGAUCGAAAAGAAGAAUUGGUGAAAUUAUCAAAGAUGCUCAAACUGUUGGCAAAUAUCAUAUGGGAAAUCCGGAGCUUACUAAACUAUGGAAUCUUUGUCCAAAUAACUUAGAGGCAUGCAAAUCAAAAGAUAGAGAUUUUCUUCCAUCAUUAGAGACAUAUUUCGAAGAAGCUAUAAUGCAAUUAGAUCCGAGUGCCAUGGUGGAAGAAGAAUAUAAGAAAGUAAAUGAUGGUAAUUUUGGAUGGAGAGCAUUGAGGUUAUUGGCUAGAAGAAGUCCACACUUUUUUGUCCAUGGAAAUUAUCCAAUAAAUAGACUUCCAGAAUAUCUGGAAACUAUGAUUAAAAAGAUUGCUAAAGAUCGACCACAAGCUCAAUCCGAUGUAAAGGUGGAAACAGAAGAUACUCCCCCACCUGAUUCUAAUGAUCAAGAAUAUACAGAGGUAUUAAAGCAAGAAAGCGAUCAAACUGAUAAUGAAAAUGCUGAUGCAAAAGGAAUAGAAAAUAAACUAAACAAAGUUAUACCCGAAAUGGUAGCAAAAUUAUCAGAAUUGCUUAAAGGAGAUUGGAAAAAAUUAGCAAUUAAAUUAGGUUAUACUAAUGACGAAAUUGCAUUUUUCCAAAGCAAACCAACUCCAUAUGAACAAUGUAAAAAUAUGUUAGAAAUUUGGGCAGAAGAGGAUGAGGAUGCAUCUGUUGAAAAUUUAAUUUAUAUUCUCGAAGGACUAAAGUAUACAGAAGCAGCGAGCAUUUUAAAGACUUAAAAGAUAAUUUUUUAAUUUUGUAUAAAUCRAAUUAAUAUUUAGUUAAGUCUAAUAUUGUAAUAUACAA